UGGAAACGCCUGCCAUUCUGGAGAUGCAGCUGGUUACAAGAGCAACAGCCAAAAAAAAAGAACAAAUUUGCACUCUUCUCCAUCUGUCAUUUAUCCGAAGACUGAACAAGAGAGAUUUCAGUACCCUUGGCCUGAAUUCAGCAGAUUCUAUCUUUGGGAGCAAGAGCUAGGGAAGAAAUACCCCUACGAAACGGUUGUGCUGCUUGCCAAUGAGUACUACAGCCAUUGUCAAGAUAUUUUACGUAUGGUGAGAAAUAAAGAGCUUGACAAGGUGGAAGACUGUAUCAUGUCAUUCUGGAGGUCUCUGCAGCCUGAAAGAAUAGCACUGAUGUCCUUGCCAGAUGUAUGCCAGCUGUUCAAAAGCUAUGAUAGGCAGCUAUUCAAGGAAAUGGAGAACAUCCUACUUCACGAUUUCCUGGAGGAGGUGCCUGUGCAACACAUGAAGUCAAUCAGAUUGUUCAGUAAAAAUGUUGAACUUUGGCUACUUAAUGCUUUGCAAGAGUUUCCAUUACUGCUCCAAACAUCCAAGUCUGAAGAAGUUACAUUGUUUAUAAAAAGACUCAGGAGAAAGACAGACCUUUCUAACAUGGCUAAGACAAUGAGAACAGUCUUGAACAGCAACAGCAAAGUCACUGUUCUGCGAUCAGACUUGCAUGCUGUCAUCGAUCAGGGAUUUCUGGAUCUGCCUGGAAACCUCUUUCAAAAGAAGUUUAGGAAUCCGGAGGAGCUGCAGAAUGACAUAGAACUCAAAUGUUUGAAUGACUUAAUGUCUUUGCUGGCACCUUCUACAGAUAUUCGGGUUCUCCUGAAUUGUGUGUCUUCAAAUCUUCAGGCUUUUGUCAUUCAGCCAAGCAGGAGUAAAGAGGAGUUCAUAAAACUGGCAUCGGAUUUCCAGUUGAGAUGGAGCUUCCUACUGAGUGCAGUAAGCAAGGCUAUGACGCUCAACUAUGCAGACAGUUUCGGUUUUAUCCGG